AAAAGUGUUUGCCUCCGCGCGCGCUCAGUCCCUAGCUCUUGCGAGUGUGUGACGGGUGCUGCGCGCCACGUGGAACUGCUGUCAGAGCUGCGUUUUCCGUCUCCGUUGUUCGGCACGUUUUCUAGGCGCUAGGCACUGUCGCUCGUGACACACAUAGUCGUCGUAUUUAUGUCUACAAGAUCGAUAUUAUGGCACGUGAGCUCGGGAGAGCAUACUCCAACAUAUGGUCGGUGCAUGUGGCCGCUCUGGUCCUGAAGUCACAGUGAAGACCGCUCGUAGAGUGCGGCUAUUCAACGAAUCAAGUCUCCAUCGCGAAACGUGAGGCACAGAAAUCGUGCAGGAACCUGUAUCAUUCUGCCAACCGCACUCAAGCAGCUCCUCUCCAUGGGAUAUUGGUUGUAAAUAUUUUUGUUUGUCAAUUCGUGAGCACAGUAGCAGGAUUGGCAGGAACGUGAAGGAACGUCGAAUACUGUUCACAGCUCACUCCGAGUCCCAGCUAAGCAGCUUACUUCUCCGCACGAUCCACAUUUUUUCCACAAUCGCGGGGGAGUUCAGGACGUGAUGAAAUUCUGAGUCGGACUGCGCUGUCGUAUAAACUGCAGCUCCACAUCUCUUUUGGUUUAUUUGUGUAGCGUACCAACUCAGUAUUAUUCGAAUCGUGUGCACGAAGAUAUAAAAUAUUAUAAUUUGACCAGAGCUGCAAGCGAAAGUAACACGUUAGUUGUUAUUGUGAUCAGUUUGCAGCUAAGGUGUGAGCGUGUCUCACAACGCGAUUGUCACUCCGACUCGCGCACUGAUCGAGUACUAGCGUGUAUGGUGCGUGGCACUUCCGCUUGGACAGAAGUAACUUUGGUCUCACCGCAGCCCCGUCGCGUCGUCCUCCGACCGUUCAGAGUUGAGGCAGAGGCAGAGAGAUAUCUGCAAGAGGGAUUUGUCGUCCCUACCUCACUGCGAUUCCAGACUGACGAACAGCUUUGCCUAAGUUCAGGUAAAUCAGCUGGCAAGUAACCACAGCUGAAUGGUGAUACGUUGAGAGCGGACCACGGUAGCCACACACUGUCAGCAGCAGAACUAGCCAGUCAGCCUUGCAGCAGACUGCAUGUGAAGCAGCAACAGUGCCAGUUCACAGUGUACACUGCGAGAGGGUUCACAGCUCUCCGGAUCUCAGCACAUCACACGAGCUGUACAGUGUAGAGAGCAAUCUGUGAAAAGCUUUACAUCGUGCAUUCAGAAGGUGACAGCCAUGUUUAUCACACUGUGUGGAGUGUUGUCCAUAGCCUGGGUACUCUACAGGCUCUAUAACCAUGUGUCCAUCGGCGUACGGAACUUUAUCCUGACAAACAAUGUGGACUUCUCCGCUUUCGGCCAGUGGGCGGUUGUGACGGGUGCGACCGGAGGCAUGGGGAAGGCGUUUGUCAGCGCGUUUGCCUCGCGCGGCCUCAACGUCUACCUGCUGGGACGGUCUGAGGACAGCCUCGCCGCACUGCACAAGGAGAUGAGUGAGCGUUAUCCGCAGCGCCAGUUCAAGACUCUGUGCAUAGAUUUCAGCAAGGACGAUGCUCUCGACUACUACGGCAAGAUGCGCUCGGCGCUGGCAAGCCUGGACAUUGGCGUGCUGGUGAACAACGCCGGUCGGUGCGACGACCUGCCAGGUUUGAUGCACGAGAUGCCGGUGGAGCUGGGUGUGGAGAUGCUGCAGACCAACACGAUGUCCCUGUACCUGCUAGCACACUGCGUGCUGGAGGGCAUGCAGCGCCGGCGUCGCGGGGCCGUCAUCACCGUCUCCUCCUUUGCCAGCAUGAACGUGUGCCCGCGCAUGUCCACGUACGGCGCCACCAAGGCCUUCGCCACCUACCUGACGCGCAGCCUGGAGUCGGAGUACGCCCAGCACGGCGUACGCUUCGAGUGCCUGCUGCCGUCGUUCGUGCAGACUAAGAUGGCCGGUGGUCUCCGCGACGCCAGCAAGCCCGAUCUACUCAUGCCUUCGGCGGAAGCGUACGUUGCGUCGGCACUGAACACGUUUGGCGUUUCCGUCACCAGCUCUGGAUACUGGUUUCACGGCCUCUUUGCCACCAUCAUCUCCCUACUGCCGUGUGGCGUGUCUAGAGACCUCGGCGAUAAAAACAUGGACGAGAUGGUGACACACGCCAAGAACUUGCAGAAGGAGAGAGCAGCGUUCAAGGACAGCCCUGGCAAUCACACAACAGCAACGGACGCUUCUAGCUGCAAUGGUGCUAACGGCAGCAGCAACGGGAGAAAUGGUCAAGUGCCGACGGCAGCUGACAGCAACGGUCGGCCGAAGGCUGAGUGAUGCUUUCUGUUCUUGUAGCGGCUUCUCCCACCAUCACGUACCUUGGCAACACACUUGUAAAUGUCAUCCCUCAUUUACCCUCUAUGAUGCGUGUACUUUGAAAGCACCUGAUUACGUAAAUUCAUGUUCGCCAAGCUAUAAUAUGUGUGUAUGUGUUGAGAUCAUAAGUAUAUCAAUAGGGGUUCCCCAUUAUGCGAGUGUAUUUGUCAGAGAUUGAGAUGAAAAGUGCUUGCAACAUUUUGAUUCAUUUUUGAAUGUAUUGUUUUUGAAAACAAUGGUCACACCACAAACAUUUGAAAAACCCAAGAGGCGAAAAUAUGUCCUCAGUUUCCUGAUGGAAAUGGCAGGUUCCAGCUGUCUGGAGUAUAUGCCAAAAAUGUGUUUUUGCCAUAUUUGGGUCCGAAAUUACGUUUAAAGCCGUGAACAUCAACAAAGGUGUGAAAUUUUGGUUCUGGAUAAGUUUUUACCAUCCAAUAUGUGGAGUUUUGUGCCAAACAUAUGGUAAACUGCUGGCAUUCACGUAAUUAGCAGCGUGCAUGUAUCACCAUCAAUAUGACAUCACUUUAUCACUAUGACAUCACUUUAUCACUAUUUCCCCACAGGAUGACACCAUUACAUUAAUCACCCCCUUGAGGCCCGGCAUUGCAGGAAUCCGCCUUUACGCUUUCUGACGGAGGCUUGCCACCAUUUUGUUCUCACUUCCGCUACUGCACUAGCCUUCGCACACGCAAUUUUCACUUCUAAAUAUUUCGUCGCUGACGGAUUGAUUUUGGGCACUCAGUGCUCUGCAUCGUAAUUCACUUGGUUUCCGGUUGAUAUUUCCCAUACGGUUGACUCCGAUAUCACUAUUUAUAUCAUGGCAAAUUUAAGCACCGCACACCCAUGCAUGUGUUGAUUAUUUCCAGCUGUGUCAGCUGUGUCGUACUUGAAGUACAUGUAACAUGCUGCGAUUGUUCUCUCCGAUGGGCUUUCUUGACUGUUGGCUUUCGGUAUUCCUGCAUGAUCACUGGUCAACGGAAUUUACCACAGCGGACUGUGGGCCAGGAUACAAAUUUUUUAAAGGA